AUUUUAAGUUUCCAUUGCAGUGAAAGUAAAAAAAACUUUACAAGACUCGCUCGGUAAAGAAAAAGUUUAUGAUAUGAUAAAUAUCAAGAAAACAGACAGUGUAAAGGAAUAUCUUAGGAACAUAUGAGACGUUAUUAAAACAAACAGGAAGUAAACCAAAGUUAUACGAAUGUAUACUAAAAACAGACAGAAACUAACAAUUUUGUAACAGAAACAAAGAUAUCACGAACAUGUAAACGAAAAUAUUUCACAAUACUGCAUAUCUAUGGCCGAGUGUCCAAAUAUAGAAAUCUCGGGAGAGUGUGUCAUGAUUUCCGAGUUUUGCCUUACUUUUUCUGUCGUGAUUGACUCGUUGGAAAUAUCCCACAAGAUAAACUGAGAUUGUUGGCAAAAUAAACACAAAAAUGAUAUGAUUGAGAAUUAGACGUCAUUACUCUGACAAGAAUUAUCCAUUCAGUGAUAAUUAAAGAGAUUAAAAUCAGUGAAAUCAUGCUGAAAGCGGAGGAUUUAGUAUUGUAGAGGAAUAUAGUGCAAACGGGAAAUCUAUUCACAGCUUAUUGUCAUUUUUUUCAAUGGAAUAAACGGAAUAGUGUACUAGUUUAAAAAAGUUACACGGGAGAUACAAGGAACAAACACAAAUGAAAAGAAUGGCAUGUGUGCCGGGUGCUGGAGUGCCUGUUGGUAAUAUAGACCCAUACCUUGUUCAAAACAUGACGGCUCUUUCGAUGCCGAAGGACAUUCCAAAGUGGGAAAUAGGAUUAAAAGUGAGUUUUUAUAUAAUAGCAUUUCUAAUGGAUAUCGUUGGCAACAGUCUGGUGAUUUUGAUCGUUUUCAUAAAUAAACGUAUGCGAACUACCACUAAUUUUUUACUUUUAAAUUUGGCUGUAAGUGAUAUUAUGGUCGGAUGUUGUUGCAUGUGGGUGCACGCCGGAAACAGUAUAACUAAAGAAUGGCCUUUUGGACCGUAUGUCUGCAAAGUUAACACUUUUAUGCAAGUGCUUGCUGUGACUUCAAGCGUGCUAACACUGACAGCUAUAUCCGUUGAACGUUUUGUAGCUAUCCUCUUUCCACUCAAACGUCGUUUGACACCUUUGUUUGCUUUCAUCAUUAUCGUCACCAACUGGGUCCUCUCUGUUGCCAUAGCAUCUCCUCAUCUGGUAGUACGUAAACAGUUCGAGUAUUUCUGGGCAGACAGGCACGAAAUAUGGUGUGAAGAAGUGUGGCCACAAGUGUACACAAAUGACUGCAAAAUGGAUAUGCCCGGGAAAACAAUUUAUUAUACAAUACUCUCCGUGGUUAUGUUUUUCAUUCCAAUAGUUGUAAUGCUUUUCGCGUAUACGCUAAUAUUAGUAAAGCUCCUGAUUCGGAAGAGGCCGGGAACUGUUAUCACUGUUACAAAACAGGCCCAAGACAGGUCUAGGAAAAAGGUUAUACGUAUGUUGGUUGCUGUUCUGGCGGUGUUUAUUAUAUGUUGGACACCACAGCAAAGCUUUCUUUUAUGGGAUAUUUACCGUGACAAAAGUGAAAAACUCCAAGAGUAUGUCCUUAGAACAAAAUAUGCUGCAGUAUAUAUUGCAUACUUUAACAGUGCUAUAAAUCCCAUAUUGUAUGGUGGUUUCAAUGAAAACUUCAGAAAGGGUUUCAAUGAUGCGUUUCAUUGUAUUUUGUGGAGGCGUAGAAAUACUGUAGCCCCAUUGUUGCCGGGCCAGGCGAUCAAUCAAGCAAACCAAGGUUCUGUUAACACAACACCUGUUGGAACGUCAGUUGUUUGAGCACAAUGUGCUUGCAAAGAUUCUUCAUAACAUUUAGAUACAUUUUUCUAAUUUAUCAGAACAGAAAUUGUCAAUGGUUAUUACCAGCAAAUCACAUACAAUAUAUGUUAACUUUUUUAAUUCUUGAUCAUUAUUAGAUUGAUUAACAUAAAUUCUUAUUUUGAAAUACUUGAAAUUGUAAAAUAUGUAUUUCAAAUCAUGUAAAUCCAAAUGAAAUACAAGUUUUAAUUUUCUUAAGGACUUUUAGUGAAUAGUUAUAUAUUUGUCAAAUUAAUUUGGACACUUUUGAGGACAAAGUUAUUUAUUAAUCCUUAUACUGAUAUUUUUUUUUAAAUUUCUGCAUAGGUAAAACGUAAUAAAAUUUCUAAAUACCACAAAAACAAAUUAAAGUCA